AUGCCACCCCGCACCCACCCCCACCUCGCCACCCUCCCCCCCGAGCUCCUCCUCCUAAUUGCAUCCCAUCUCCGCUCCCGCUCACUCUGCAACCUCGCCGCGACGAGCCACACCCUCCACGCGUGCCUCUCACGCACCCUCACUGCGCACCUCGCCCUCAUAGCCCCAAGCCUGAUCCGCUGCCGCAUGGGUUGCUCGCUAUGGUACUGCUCCCCACAUUGCUACUGCACGCUGGACUACGAGCGCAUGCUGGCGCUGCUCAACUCUGCGGCGGCGCACGGCUGCACGGGCCUUGUCAGGCGCCUGGUCGAGUUCCAUGCCCUCCCCGUGAAUGGCGCGGGCCGCCAGGGCCCACCGCCCCUGGUGUGCGCUGUGCGGAGGGGCCAGGUGCAAACUGUUAGGUGGCUGCUGGGGGCGGGGGUGAGGGUGCCACCAAGGGUGUGGGCGGAGGUGUGGGUGGAGGAUGGGUGCCAGGGCCGCGGCGGGUGGGCGGCGGAGAUGGAGGCGCUGUUGGAGGAGGACCGGGAGCGGGAGCGGGGCGGUGGAGGUGGGGGGGGAAACCUGCGCGGGCGUAUUGAUGGGCUGAAAUAA